CUAAACGCACCACCACCACCUUACCGCAAUUUGUCAAAUACUUUUUCUGGAAACAAAGAGGAGAGAGAAAAUCGCAUUCUAGGGUUUCUGAAGAAGAGGCAGAGAGAAGAUUUCUUCAUCACAAACUCAAAUACAACAAUGAUUUACGACGUUAACUCACCUCUCUUCCGUUCUUUCCUCAGUCAGAAGGGUGGCGCUUCUGAGAAGAGGAAAACUGAGGAGCAGAAGCCAAAGGAGCACAGACCAAAAGCAAACGAGAACAAGCCUGUGAUGAAUGAGUAAUUUUUGAACUUCGUUGAGAAUUAUCGGAUGUUGGCAUGUAAUAGCUAUGUUGACUGCUUAUGUUAAGUGUAUCAAUUAGAAGUUUAAAAAUGGGAUCCUAAAUGGACCAAAAAAUAUUGUGGCUUGCUGCUGAGUUUUCAUUUUACUAUUCAGAUUUUCUAGUGUCAA